AAAGGCAAGCAUUAGUUGGGGGAGUUAGGGGGUCCUUAGUCCUUAGUCCUUGGCGAUUGAGUGACUGACUGACAAAAUGACAAUCAAUCUUUGCCCUAAUUUGACAAUAUUCAAUGCUUGCAUGUGGGUGGCGCUGGAUAAGGGCCUGAUAAAAAUCUAUAAUGUACUAUGUCAAACAAUAAGCGGGCGCCUCCACUUGUCAGCCGCUCGUGCUUACACAUACAUAUAAAGGCUACCAUACAGGGUGACAACUAAUUGAUUUCCUUGGCGAUACUUUAUUUACUCACUGGGCAACAGUUUUAUCAAUAUAUUUUCAGAUAUAUAUUGCUGUUUGUGGUUAGGUUUAUAAAUGGUGGGUAAUUCGUUGGGUUUUCUUAAGUUCCAUUUAAGAAUAACUUUUGGAAGAUUUUUUCUAUAAUUUCCUUUUCAAUUUUAAUUAUUAAACUAACAAAACCUGCAAGAAGCACCCUUUUUUGAAAUCUUUCCUAUUGCGUUGAUAGUCCUGUGCGAUUCAUUGAACCAUUUUUACACUGUCAUAAAUAAAAUCCCGCUGACAAGCCCAUUGGAUACGUGACAGCCCUACUGACUACAUGUGGUGUGCUUGUUUGGGAGGAGGCAUUGUGACCAGAAUGCCAUUGGAGAUGGCUUUGCCAUACACAUCAUAGCUCCAGGGCGGCGCUGUGUCAAUCACUAAAACAGCACAACAAAGAUGGAAACUGAAAGUAAAUCAAAGCAAAAAAAACAAACAAAACAAUCGAUGUUGGAAUGCUGUCCCGUGUGCCUAGGAAGACUUCGUCGGCAGGUAAAGACACCGUGCGGGCACACCUUCUGCAAGAGCUGCCUGUGCAAGGUCUACAAACAGAGCCCGGCCCAGUCGUGUCCCCUAUGCCGGGCACCUUUGGAGUACUACAUUAGCAAAAGAAAAAGCCCAGUAAAACUAGUAUUUUUUUCAUAGUCAAGUUCAGAUUGAGUUUAAUUUUUUUGUUUUGUUUCGUUAGCUGUUUUAAAUUUGUUAAAGUUUUGUUUGUUUUUAUAAUUAUUUAAAUCGUUAGUCAGUUACCAAGUUAGACAUCAAUGAGAUUACAUUUGUAGAAUUUCCCAAAGUUUAUUAUUACUUUUGAUUUGUUCUUAGAAAAUCGCGAAAAAUAGAGAAAAAAACUAAAUUGGAAUUGCAGAAAACGUUUUCAUGUUUUAGGAAAUCGAAAAUGUGAUAAAAUAGCUUGACUUGAGCCUUGAGGGUCUUAUUCAGCCAAGUACAACAAUCGAUUGGAGACUCGUCCUCGCCCUCUUCCCAUUUUUUUCUUCUUCGCUUUUCUCGCUCAAAUAUUCCAUGCACAUAUUGCAAUAUUGAAUGCUCUCGGCCU